AGGACGCCGUUUCUCCAUGGAAGCGACUCUUCAGGGGACGCUCAGACGGCUCGCGGAAGGUUUUCUGCUAAUUUUCUCGAUUGCAUCGAGGCAUGUCUUCAUCCUCGGAGGAGGAGAGGAAGAUGGAGGAGGGGAGGGUGGAAGGUGGGGAAGAGGGAGAGGUGAAAGAGGUCUACUAUCCUCGUCGUAACGGCUGGACAUGUCCGUGGCAUCCUCUCCAGGUCCUUGCCUGGGGAUUCAUCGCCUUUUUCGCCGCCACUUACUUCGGGUUUCUUGUUCACUACAUCCCUGGUGCCUGGAGGAGCAUUGGCUAUAUUUCUGGUCGCCUCUGUCAUCGACCCGGCCGAGUCCUCCGUGAGGCGGAGGAGAGCCGGCAGAACUGGCGGGGGUUCUUGAGAGCCGUCUUUGACAGAAAAAAGCACUCCCACGUCAUUGAGGACAGAUUCUGUAACCUGUGCAACAUCAGUGUGACGGCAGGCGCCAAGCACUGCAGCGUGUGUGACAAGUGUGUGGAGGGGUUCGAUCACCACUGCAUCUGGCUCAACACCUGCGUCGGAUCCAGAAACUAUCGGUGAGGAAAGGCUGAAAGAUUGGAAUGUACAAACAUAGAAAUGGGCCCCAGUGAAGAAUGAAAUGAGUUUCCGCUUUCAGUAACAGUUUAGCCUAUACUGCCACAUUCCUUUUAACACACAAAAUACUUGCAAACUUUAAAACAUUCAUUCUAGUAUCAUUCUUUGACGCAUUGUAUUCUCCCUCCAUCUCUCCCCUCCCCCUCCUCCCUCUCUCCCUCAUCUCACAGCUGGUUCCUGGUGACAGUCUUCUCUGCGCUACUUGCCUGCAUACUCCUCCUGCUGUUCACCGUCAGUCUGUUCAUCACCUUCUUUGCGGGCAGGGACCGACUCCGCUACAACUGCAAGGAUCACUUUGUUUCGACCAACACCUCCUGCAGCCAAGACAUCGGGUUCUUCGGUGCGACUGUCCCUGAUGCUGUGUUUCCCACUGUGGUCGCCGUUGUUGGACUACUGGCUCUUGUUGGGGUGGUCAUGAUUGGCUACCUGGCCGGAUUCCACGUUUACCUCAAUGUGAGAGGUCUGACUACGUAUGACUAUGUCUUGAUGCUGCGUCGUCUCGAGAAGGAGAAGGAGGAGGCUAGGGCCAGAGAGGACCAGGAGCCCGCCAGCAGCAAGGUGGAGGAGGACGAGAAGGAAGAGGAAAAUGGAGAUGAGACUCACCACGGUCGCUGCUGGUUCCUCAGACGAAAGGUGAACCGUGUGACUCCGAGUGGCGAUAGAAACGUAGAGAAAGGUCAGGGUUCACCUGCAGGGGGUGUGGUCACCGCAUCUCCCUCCGUCGAUUCUGUGGGUCUCUUCAACUUUGGCAGAACUCCAGCUCAGUCUGUUGUGAGUAGCUCCGUGGGAGACGUGUCUAUAGAUCCCGUGGACUCUACUGCCGGAGCACUGAGAGGUGGUGGUCACUGGAUGUACCGCGAGGAGCAGGAUUCGUCGCAGAGGGACAAGAGCUGUCGACACGAGGUCGUGGUGGAAAUGGAGGCUCUGCCGGUGCCACCCGGAGGUGUGGUUUCCCCGGGUCGAUCAGCUGUCGACAGAGAUGUGGCAAAAUUUGGAUCUGGACAGGGAAAUUCGGGAGUCAAACACGUCGAGAGAGUGUGCGAGGAGAAGUGGGACUUUGAAAAUUGCGGCAUUCUCGCUUUCAUGAGCUCGGCCAACAGCAUCGCAAGUGGCGAGGAAAAAGAGCAGGCCACCAAAGAUGAAGAUGAUGAUGUCGAAAACUGUGGAACUCUGGCGUUUAUGACCUCGGCCAACAGUGUUGUGUCUAGUGGUGUCCCUACUGGAGUACAGAUAACGGGAGGAGACGGGGGUGAGCGUUCGGUCAUCGUUUGCGGCAAUGAUUCGCCGGCCGUUCCAGAUACCACUCCCAGAACUGGUCCUACUGGAACUGUAUUGGUCUACGCCACAAGCAAUGAAGGUGACAAUGUUCGUGUGGAUGGCGGAGUCGAGCCGUCCAUGAGCACCGAAAACACUGACCUGCGGGAGAGGGGCUACGAGAUGAUGAUCAAGUCGGGGAACACUGUGGGAAUCAGGGCCCUGAAGCAGCUGUCUUCUUUUGCUCACCAACGCUCCUCUGCUCCGGAAAAUAAGACCGAGGACACCCCUACUCCCAUUUUUCACCGUUUCUCUUACCCUCUGGGUCACCAGUCUCACUUGGUGCAGCAACUUCGUCCGGCGCGUCACGCCGUCUGGGACUAUUUGCCUCCUCUGGUCAAGAGGUCUCUGGUGGGACAGCAGGCCUGUCUGCCGCAGACUCUCCCAGACAACAGCGGACAUGAUUCACUCACUUCUCUGGCCUCGGCUCCGACACUGGUCUGACUGACGGACAGAAUACUGUCACUCUGUUCUCUGCUUGUUCUACGCCCGCCCCCCCC